GUUUCGGUUUAACUUAACCGGAAAAGAUAAAAUGUUAAUUAGGGUUUCUCUUUUCUCUUUCUCUGCUCGGCUGGUGGGAAGAAGUUAUAGUUUCGAGUUUUUGUUCAUCAGCGCCGCCGAGAGAAGAGCUUCGAGCUAAGCUAUGACGACGAUUGUUCCCACCUCCGAAGAAGAUCCGUUUCUCGCCGUCGUCCGAUUCACUUCCCAGCUCGCCUGGGCUGAUGCUGGUCCCGAGGCUGCAGAGCCAGAGAUCACCAGGCUAUGUAGGGAGGCUGAGGAGUCUAUUGUAGCAGGAAAGUGGUUGGAGUUAGCUUCGUUGAUGGUUACUUCAGCUGAAUUGGUUUCUUCCAAGAUCUCUGAGAAAGAUCUUGAGUGCACCUACACCAUCAUUUGCAGCCUUGUCAAGAAUGCGAAUAGCGCUGAGGAUGUUCUUGAAAUGGUGAAAGCUAUCUCUUCUAAGGUUGUUCAGCAACCGAGUGACAAAGCUUCACUUCGUUUGAAGAUCCUCUUCAAUCUCUAUAACCUUGUGGACCACCCGUACGCUCGUUUCCAAGUGUACAUGAAAGCUCUAACACUAGCUGUUGAAGGGAAGGUAGCUGAGUACAUAGUUCCUUCUUUUGAGAAGAUUGAUAGCUUCUUGAAAGAGUGGAGCAUCGACACUAAAGAUCAGAGGCAGCUCUUCCUUGCUAUUGCUAACGUUCUGAGAGAGAACAAAAGCUUGGUGAAAGAAUCCCUCAAGUUCUUGACGAAGUAUCUAGCGACUUUCUCUAAUGAGGAUACUCUUGAUGAAGCUAAGGAGGAGGCUGUGCGUGCAGUUAUUGAGUUUGUCAAGGCUUCCAGCAUCUUCCAGUGUGAUUUGUUGGACUUGCCAGCCGUAGCACAGUUAGAGAAGGAUGCUAAGUAUGCACCUGUUUACCAGCUACUUAAGAUUUUUCUUACUCAGAGGCUGGAUGCUUACAUGGAAUUCCAAGCUGCAAAUGCAGAGUGUCUGCAAACCCAUGGACUUGUCGAUGAAGAAUGUGUAACGAAGAUGAGAUUGUUGUCACUGGUGGACUUAGCUUCAGAUGAAUCUGGCAAAAUACCUUACACCUCAAUUAAAGACACUCUACAGGUGAAGGAAGAGGAGGUUGAACUAUGGAUCGUUAAGGCAAUCACUGCUAAGCUGAUAGAUUGUAAGAUGGAUCAGAUGAACCAAGUUGUCAUUGUCAGCCGAUGUUCCGAGCGUGAGUUCGGGUCAAAGCAAUGGCAGUCACUUCGAACGAAGCUCGCGACAUGGCGGGAUAACAUUGGAAACGUCAUAAGCACAAUCGAAUCGAACAAGGUAAGCGAGGAAGGUUCUCAGGCAUCAUCAGCAUCUGCUGCAACAAUUCAAGGAUUGGGUGUCCGUUGAAAAGCUAUCAAGAUUCAUCUCUCAAAUUCAUAACCAACGUUAAAGAUCUCGUCUCCUUAAAAGCUUUCCUCUCUGUUUACUUGCUUGCUGAGUUUUUCAAUCUUUGAAUCUUUUUUUGUCCCUGAACGAUGCGGAGACUUUUGAUAUACAUUAUUUUUGGCUUAAUAACGUUUCUUGCUUUGAGAAUACGUA